AUGUCCACCACAGAAACGCAUCCAUCGCUAUCAUCGCUUGCCGAGAGCGUCUCUUCUCUCACCAAGCAAAUCGAGUCCCACUUCCGAGAAAACAACCACGAAACCCCCAAUUUUACCACAUCUUCCUCAGAAAUUCCAUUGACGAAAGAAUAUGAGCGCCUCCGCGUUGAUCUCAACACUGCUGCCCUGGAUCUCCUCCGCCUGAUCAAUGGCCCCAAAGUCGAGUUCCGCAGCUUCUUCACUAAACACUACGAAAUGGCCGCAUGGCAAGUCGCCCUUGAAUUUGAUUACUUCGGUCUCGUGCCACUAGAAGGCAGCAUCUCGCUACAAGAACUCGCGGCAAAAGCCGUCAUGGACGAAGACCGAACAAUGCAUGUGAUGCGAUUCCUGACGACACAAAAGAUCUUUCGUGAACUGGAGGGCGAGAAUGAAGACGACAUCAUCUUCGAGCACACUGCGGCCAGCGCGACCAUCGCACGAGAGCCGUUGCUCAAGGAUGUGUUCCUCAUGCAGGCGGAUGAGAUGUUCCGGGCGGCAUCGUCAACUGCGGAUUCAAUCAAGCAGUCGCCAUUUUCCAUUACCGCUGAGGGAUGUCCGUUUGCCGUCAGGCAUGGCGACAGGGCGUAUGCUUGGUAUGAGAAACAUCCGCCAGAAGCGGCACGAUUUGCCAGGGCAAUGGCUGGCGUUACACUGCUCGACCGUCAGACUUCGGAGUUGCGCGAUGAAUUCAAUUGGCAGGAUCUGCCCGCAGGAACUGUCGUUGAUGUGGGAGGUGGCAGUGGUCAUGUCUCACUUUCUCUUGCAAAGGAAUUCAAACACUUGGAUUUCAUCAUCCAAGAUUGGUCUCCUAUCAUGCUUGCUCAGGGAAAAUCCCAGUGGACAGGAGAACUUGAGUCUCGGGUAAAGUUCGUGGAGCAUGAUUACUUUCAGCCCAAUCCGGUGCAUAACGCAACGGCCUUCUUCACACGUCAGAUCACCCACAAUCUGACCGACGAAGAUGUAGUCAGGUUCUUCAGGGCGUUUGUUCCAGCACUCGAGGCGAACAAACCAGGUACUCCGCUCCUGAUCAACGACACGGUAAUCCCAGAGCCAGGUGAGAAGACAGCAUAUGAAGAAUUCGGCCUAAGACAGGUCGAUCUCGCAAUGUGGAUUGUCUUCAACUCUAAGCAGCGCACUGAGCGGGAGUUCAGGAAGCUCCUCUUCAGGGCUGACGAGAGACUCAAGCUCGUUAAGGUGCACAGCAAAGGUAGCAUGGGUCUUCUUGAGGUGCAGUUGGACAUGAACGCCCCGCGCGAUAGGGGCGUUGCUGGGGUCUAG